AUAGACCUAAUAUCCAUAUUAUGUCUAUGGGAAAACGUCAGGAUUAUUAGGUUAUGUACAAUAUCAACAAAAACAUUAGAUUAGAACCUCAGAAACAAGGCUUUAUUUAAGUGUUUAUAACAGUUGUCUGAUUGAAAAUGGUGUAUUUACAUUUUCCUGCGAAUUUCACAGAAGAAGAAUUGAUGCUUCAAGCUAAGUAUCAAAAAUUAAAGAAAAAAAAAAAGGCUCUCCAAGCUUUGAAAGCUCCGAAACCUGAACCUGAAAAACCUCUUAUUCCUAAGAGACCAGCAGAAGCCAGAGAUGCUAGAGAAGUUGCAAAAAAAUUACUUAAGUCUGGUGCUAUUCAAGCUAUUCAAAAACAACCCAAACAACCGGAACAAGGAUUCAAGAGACCUAGAGGAUUAGAAAGAAAACUCUUGAAUGAUAAAGUCAGUGGUUACCAACCAUUUUCAGCAGUUCAAAUGGAAGAUGGUCCUGACAAUCCAGAGAAUAAACCACCCCGGCUCAAAAAUUUAUAUGAGUCAUUUGCAAAUGCCAGAGAUCGUGAAGAAAGAGGGUUAACGGAAAAAUUAAGAGAAAAGACAGACAAACCUAGACAGGGAAAUACCAUCUAUGUAACUGGAUACAAAAUAACUGAAGAGUUUUUGAAGAAGCAUUUUUCUACAUUCGGCAAUAUUGUGAAUAUUUCAAUGGAAAUUGAAAAAAAUCGUGGGUUUAUUACUUUUGAUAGAGUGGAAUCUGCAUCACGAGCAAUAGCAGAAAUGGAUGGCAGUAUAGUAUCUGAAAUUCAACUCAACGUAUCCUUGGCAAGAAGACAACCUCAAAUUGGCCCUACCACUGAUGCACCAUCAUCUGCAGCUUGGGCAACAUUAGCUUCAAGCCAUUCACAAAAAGGAAAUCAUAGAGAUAACAGAGAAAUGAUCAACUAUGAUGAAAUGGAUUUGUUCGAUUGAUCUUAGUUUGAUUUAUGAUUCUUCAAACUGAAUUCGAGCAUAAUGAUUGAGUGUUUAUAAAUAACUUUUUAACAAUGCAUAUUUGGAGAUUUAAUUUUACAAAGAAGAAGAAAGAGAGAUUUUCCCCAAUAAGGGAGUUCCAAGUAGUGAUGUUGAUUUGUUAACUAUUGUUUGGAUCAUGCUUGUGUUUCAGUCGAGUUAUUUAGUUACUGAAUGUGUUCAAAUACCACAAAUUUUUUCAAGUGGAUGGGAAAAAAUAUUGAAUUUUAAGUUGUUAUGAUGGAUUUAUGCACCAGUCCUAAGAACUAGGACUAAACCUAAGAACUUAGAACUAAGAAUU